AUGUCGAGUUAUACUUGUAAUGGAUGUGAAUUGCAGUUUCCUAGCGGUGAUGAUCAGAGACAACAUAUGAAGUCAGAAUGGCAUCGUUAUAAUUUGAAGAGAAGAGUUGCUCAACUAGCACCAAUACCUGAAAGUGUGUUUAACUCUAAAGUGCAAGCAUUAUCAACAGAGAGUAACAAAGAUGAUGGUAAGCAGAAGCAGUUGACAAAGAAAGAGGUUCGUAGAAGGGAGAAAGAAGCUCUAUUAGAAAGGAAAAGAGAAUUGUUAAAGGUUGCACAUGAAAAUGCUGCCAAGAAUAUUCUAAAGGAGGAACAGAAAUCUGCACCUGAGCCUCAACCUGAAGAACAGUCCAAGAUUGAGAAGGAGGAACCAUCUAAAACUGAAGAACCCGAGCUUACAGAGGACCAGUUAGCUGAAAAAUUGAUGCAUGUGAAAAUAUCGAAUCGUGUGGAUAUUCCAUUUGAAGAGUGCUUAUUCUGCGGUAAAAAGCAUUCUGAUCUUGAUACCAACAUUGAGCACAUGCUAAAAUAUCAUGGUUUUUAUAUUCCAGAACAAAAAUACUUGGUUGAUAAACCAGGUUUAAUAAAAUAUAUCUCUGAAAAGAUUGGGUUAGGUAAUAUUUGCAUUGUCUGCAAUUAUCAAGGUAGAUCCUUAGAAGCCGUAAGGCAACACAUGUUAGCCAAGAGACAUUGCAGAAUUCCAUACGAAGAGGAAGAUGAGAAAUUAGAAAUUUCAGAUUUUUACGAUUUCACUACCUCUUAUGGUCAACCUCAGCAACCAAUUGUAGUGGAAGCUUCUGGUAAUGGUAAUGAUGAAGACUGGGAAGAUGUGGAUGAAGAUGCAGAUGAAGAUGAAGACGAAAUUUCAGACGAAGAACUACCAGAAGAAGCCAUUUAUCACGAUGGUAUCGAGCUACAUUUGCCAACGGGUGUUAAAGUGGGUCACAGAUCUUUGAUGAAGUACUACAGACAAAACUUGAAACCAGAAUCAGAACUUACUGAAGGCCAAGGUACUGUGAUGGCAGCAGAGACAAGAAAGAUGCUACAACCUUACGAUAGAAAGAAUGUUCAAACUCAAAAGAGAUCUUGGCAACAAGAGACGAGGAACAAGAAGCAAUUCGACAAGAAGAGCGCCAAACAUUUGAACUUCCAACCACAUUACAGGGACCAACUCCUGCAAUGA